CUGUGUCUUUUUAAUAUUUCUGGCGCCUUCGCAUUGCGGGAAUCCACGGGCUGUCGGGUCUGCUGUAGCUCGUGCUGCACGUGCUCUUAAUAUCUCGCAAUGGCUCCUAAGAAAAAAGGACCGUUCUACUUUCUGUUGCUAGAACUUCAGAAGGAGCGUCGAGAACGGAACCUGCCCUUCUCCUUAGACGCAGUCAGAGAAGAGGCCGGAGAAAGGUGGAAGUCGUUGACUGAGCAGCAGAAAGCUCAUUACGAAGCCUUGGCUAAUCGUCACAAGGAAAUGAAAGUUGGAUCCCUGGAAAAUAAACUCACGUCCGAUGGGCGCACCAUUGCGAGCGUAUUAAGGGAACAAAGUGAAGAGAUAAACCAAAGAAAAGAGAUGGUCGCCAGUAUCCAAAGAUAUGUGGAUGAUAUCGGAACCGUCGAUGAAAUAAAGAAAUUUCCGUUUUACAUCCUGGCCACAAACAUCCUUUGCGAGGCGAAUGGAGUAUAUUAUCCUUUGGAAAUCGGACUCAUUGAAUAUUCAAUCGAACAAGGAUUCAUCCGUGCAUAUCAUAAGUUCAUUAACCCAGGUCGCAUACCACUUGGUUUUGCCAGUGCUGCGAAAGACCACAGUGAAGACACUCACGGGAUACCUAUCACCGGUUUCGAGUUGGGCACAACCAACUACUGGGCUGUUGUCCAAGACCUAAUGGCCUAUCUCAGACCCCAGGACGAUCCGGUUCUGCCGCCCUUCUUCUGCAUGCCCCACCACAUGCCCCAGGCCGAGGGCGUCCUGCGGUGGCUUGAAGAGCAUGCGAGUGAGUGUUUUUUUCUUUUUUUGUAUGAGUAG